CCCAGAAGCCUCAAAGCUCCGCUUUGUUUUUCGGCUCUUGACCGGGGCCGCUGGACCACUCUGGUUUGGGGCUGCUAGGAAGGCGCGGGUUCACCGAGCCUUUCUGGGGGAAAUGGUCUCUACCCGACCGCUUGCGGGUUGAGAAGAGGCCGCCGUGGCAAGUUGGCAGGCCAGCGCAGCGGGUGCACCGGCGAGAAGGGGUGCAUUGUCGUCCACACCUGCUGCUGAAUGUCUAACCCGGAGGAUGAGGAGAGGCUUUUGCCACUCGCCCAGAGAUGGCCCCGAGCGAGCAAGUUCAUACUGUCCGGCUGCGCGGCUACCGUGGCCGAGCUAGGUACCCGGCCGCCCACACCUGGGCCUCCUCGGCAAGUCGCCGCGCCGUGGCGCUGGGGGAGGGAUGGGCGCGCUGCUUCGCUCCAGGCUGUGUGCAUCCCAAGAGGUUGCGCCCUCUUCUUGCACGCCUGCCUGGCCGAAGCAGCAGGGUGGAGGCAAGGCCAGCUGUGGGAGAAGGAAUUGAAGGUCUCUGAGGUGCUUUCGGUCCAAUUUCGUCUAAUCUCCCUUAGAGAUGUGCUGUUGUGUCCGAAUGUAUAUACUUUUAGAAGCUUCAUGAGCUGUCAUUCCUCUCUAUGAAUCAUUUUCCUUUUGCAACCUUUCCCCUCGAUCUUACAAAAACUCGACUCCAAAUGCAAGGAGAAGCUGCUCUUGCUCGGUUGGGAGACAAUGCAAGAGAAUCUGCCCCCUAUAGGGGCAUGGUGCGCACGGCCCUAGGAAUCAUUCAGGAGGAAGGCUUUCUAAAGCUUUGGCAAGGAGUGACGCCCGCCAUUUACAGACACGUAGUAUACUCUGGAGGUCGGAUGGUCACAUAUGAACAUCUCCGGGAGGUUGUAUUUGGCAAAAGUGAAGAUAAGCAUUAUCCCCUUUGGAAGUCAGUCAUUGGAGGGAUGAUGGCUGGUGUUAUCGGCCAAUUUUUAGCCAACCCAGCUGACCUAGUGAAGGUUCAGAUGCAAAUGGAAGGAAAAAGGAAACUUGAAGGAAAACCAUUGAGAUUCCGUGGCGUGCAUCAUGCUUUUGCAAAAAUCUUAGCUGAAGGAGGAAUACGUGGGCUGUGGGCAGGCUGGGUCCCCAAUAUACAAAGAGCAGCACUGGUGAAUAUGGGAGAUUUAACCACUUACGAUACAGUUAAGCACUACUUGAUAUUGAAUACACCCCUUAAGGACAAUAUCAUUACUCAUGGUUUAUCCAGUUUAUGUUCUGGACUGGUAGCUUCUGUUCUGGGAACACCAGCUGAUGUCAUCAAAAGUCGAAUAAUGAAUCAACCACGAGAUAAACAAGGAAGGGGACUUUUGUAUAAAUCAUCAAGCGAUUGCCUGAUUCAGGCUGUUCAAGGAGAAGGAUUCAUGAGUCUAUAUAAAGGCUUUUUACCGGCUUGGCUACGAAUGACGCCUUGGUCAUUGGUGUUCUGGCUUACUUAUGAAAAAAUCAGAGAGAUGAGUGGAGUCAGUCCAUUUUAAGCCCUUAAAGAUACAGUGUUCAGUAUUAUUGAAAUACGGGCAUCUGCAACACACACCCCCUAUUAUUUCUACCUCUUUAGGAAGACACCUUACUCCACAGAGACUGUGAUUUAUAGGGGACAGCACUUUUUUUUCCUUUGGAAACCCAAGUUCUCUUUGACUCCUCUUUUUGUCUAAAAGUGAUCUGGUCGGAUCUCACAAGGCUAUCCCAGGAGACCCAGCACACUGUUUUCUAAAGAAGAAUGGAACCCUGAUGACUUUCACCUUGGGCAAGAUGGUUUGGCCCUUGAGAUGCUGUUUGUACUGAAGAGACUGCAUAGAGGGAGUCAGCAUCUCAGAGCUGAAGUAGACAAUAGGAAUAUGGAAGAAUAUAUACAUAGUGCUUAAGAAAUACUUUUAACCUGUUGUGUCAAUGUUUAUAAUAGAAGUUUCACAAUUCACUCUUCUGUUGUUGUAUACAUAUUGUAAAUUAAAGGGAGGUAAAAAUUCAUGAAAAAACAUCUUGAGCUUCCCUACUGUUGAAGGUAAUGGAUGUACAUUUUCUUGCAAAGAGGAUAAAAAAUAAAUGUGAAGUUAAGAUGAUGUUUGGAUGUCAAGCAAAGCUGCUUGCUGUCAGUGCCCAUCCUUCGCCCUCUGUUCAUUGGUUAGCAUUCCACUACACUUGCUAGUAACUUCCCCUAAUAGCCACAGACUCAAUGAAUCGAGAUGAGAAAAGAGAAGAGCAUUUGCCUUGUUACAUGUCCCAUUUCAACAUGGAUUUAUCACUGGAUUUCAAGAAUGUUAUAAUGAAUCACAGUUGAGGGGCAGCUCAAUGGCAAAGGGUUUUCCUGGCACAUGUGAGGUCCUGGGUUCUAUCCUCAGCACCACAUAAAAAUAAAUAAAAUUAAGGUAUUGUGUCCAUCAACUAAAAAAUAAAUAAAUAAAAGAACCACAGUUGAUUUGAUUAAAAUUCAGCUGCAUAGGUCCCUUUGUAAAAAGCAUCCUUUGUUACCAUCCGCCUUUCAAUGGUAUUUUAAAAGCAAGACUGAUAUGAAGUCAGCCAACUCUGAUGUGUGUCCUUUCUUACCCUGCUUUCCUAACAUUAAGGGAAGGAAGGAGGGAGUGAGGGGAAGGACGAAGAAAAAGAAAUCCCAACCUACUAACACUGAAUCUUACUCAGUUUGACAAAGUUUCUUGCCUAAAAUGUCAUAAGUAUAAACUGUCUAUGGCAUAUAGUCAUGUGUCCAGUCUUUGAACCAAAUCACUGUUCUUACCGGAUGCAGUGGCACAUGCCUGUAAUCCCAGCGGCUCAGGAGGCUGAGGCAGGAGGAUCAUGAGUUUAAAGCCAGCCUAAGCAAUAUCAAGGCACUAAGCAACUCUCUGAGACACUGCCUUUAAAUAAAAUACAAAAUAGGGCUGGGGAUGUGGUUCAGUGGUCAAGUGCCCCUGAGUUCAAACCCUGGUACCUGCUGCCCAUCACUUUUCUUAUUUUAGAAAGGUAGAAGAUUUCUCCAGAUUCAUCUGCAUCCCACAUGCUCCCCCAUCCUUAGACAGUGGACAGUUCUGGAUGGAUUGCUGAAGUUAUGGGAAAAGACUGUAACUGUUAAAAUAGGAAAACUCAGGCCCAAGAAAGACCUUGAAGCUAACAAAAUAGAAUUUGUUAUGAUGAACAUGGAUGAUGUUGGAUGUUGUUAAACAGAAACAAGUUUACAAGUGCUCUGUGGUUGCACUAAUGUAUAAUCACUGCCAUUUUAAGAGGGGGAAGUACACUUCAAAAUAUGUAAUAAUGUGAUAUAAUAAUAUGCAGUGGCUUAUUGUUGCAAAAUGUGUAUUUUAAUCUCAUAAAAUCCUCUUUAGGUUUUCUAUUUUUGCAUUGCAUUUGCCAAUCUGUAAUUGAUUUGUCAAAUAUACUUAAUGUAUAUUAUGUGCUUAAAUCCCUGGUGUUCUGUAUUGAACAACUUUGGGGAAAUUUUGAUUUUUUUAUGUUUUGUAAUUUAUAAGAUUUAAGUGAAAACUGUAUCAAAAUAAUUACAUUGCAACUGAAUUAUUUUAAAAAAGGAUUUAGUUUUAUUCUUUGGGGGGCUUGGGACUAAAACAUUGCGUAAGUAAGUUCCUUGGUAUCUGAAUCAACAUGAACUGGAAUUUUUAACCUGAAAUGAUUCCUUGGGUUCAUCUCCUUUACAUGUUAGGAAACUGAGUCUCAGAGAAGUACAGUUGUGCAUGCUCAUAGUGACUUAAUAGUGGAGCCAGGAUAAAAAUGCAGAUCUUCUAAUUAUUAUGAUCAUUAUAUCUGAUACUUAUUGUGCACUAAUUAGAUACCAAGUAAAUGUCUUAUAUCAUCUUCACAACAACUCAGUCCAACAAUGUUGCAUCUUCCAAAAACAGGUUUUCUUUUUACUUUUUUUUGUCUCUUUACAUUUUAAAUGAAUCUGAAUUUCUUCUAGUACAAAUUUUAGAAUGGAGUCAUGAUGCUUUGGUUUGAACAUUUAAUCUUAAUCCAUAAUCUAACUAAAUCCUGUAUAUCUAACAUACAGCCCAUCAUGGUCACACUUCUCUAGUGAAAUCAUUCUUUAAUUAUCUUGGAACUUUGCCUUAAUUUUGCCAACUGGGAGUCUUCUUGUUCCUUUCCAAAAUAACCCAGUAAAUAAAAAGGAAUACAAUUUCUGUGA